AACAAAAUAUUGGAACUUGAGGAGAGAGAAGGAUCAAUGAGGAGACCAACCAGCGACCUCUUAUUCCAGUGUUAAUAAAGCCGCUAUUUCACGGUGGCAGGUGUUACAUGCUGGAAUAGAGACUCACAGUGCAUGGAGUGGUAUGGCGAGUGGCGGUGGGGACAGGCUGAGAGUGGUGACGGCGGUGACCCUGCGGCACAAGAUGGACGCUCUAGUAUCUGACCUCUCACAUGCCUUAGAUGAGUCUCAGCUCCCUCAGUACCACCGCAAGAGACGAGGCUUCAAACGCCGGGUCAAGUUAGUCAAUAACCUGAGUUUAUCAAGCAGUCGUGCACUCAGUGAAGAUUCAUCAAGCAGUGUGGGUGAGGUUCUACUCUCCCAAGACAACAAAUCCUCAAUACCUCUGACAGAUUCAGAUGACAUGAGCCCUCCUCCUGAGCCCCGCCACCGCACUCAACUUCUGACACAUCACAGAGCGCCUUCAAACCUUGCCGAAUCUGAUUCGGUCAACGAGAAUUUUUCACCUGCUCGGCCUCAUAAUCGCAGUGUCAACCCUUUUUUAUGUAGGAAAAGGAAAUGCAAGAGGUUAGCCUUAGAUCCUGAUGCACCUUCCACCUCCACAACACAAGCCUCAGCUGUUAUGUCAUCUGGCCUGCCUAUGGCUAAACCCACUGCCAUUGCCUCGGCCAUUUUAUCGGGGGCUUCCAACAGUCGCAAAAAGAAAUCUUUAAGACCAUCACCUGAUGUUGAGUACCGAUAUAUGGCGAUAUCUGCUGGAAAACGCAAGCGAGGUAGAGAGAGAAGUGUGGAAUGGUGCGGUGGACAACAUGCAUCACACAGCAAACGUCAUGGGUCAUCGUCUAGUCAUUUUCAUAAUCUGCGCGUCCACCAUCGAGCCUCCCAAGCAAGCACUGAGGACAGCAUGGAGUUUGAAUAUUCCGAUGAGGCCAAUAUGGAACACAGCAGCAGUGAGAGCAGUAGUGACAGUGAGACUGGCAUAUACACCUGCGAUGAGGGACGAGAAGCAGAUGACGAACAGAGUGACUGGUUUGCUGAGGCCGAUCCUGUGUAUGGGGUUCCAGGCUCAACAAAUGCACCUCGGCAGAGAAGUGCUUCAAACCGCCUCUCCUGGUGGAAUGACAAUGAAUUUGGCCUUUCAUCCUCUGCUAAGGAUCCGAGGCAAUCUGAGCUUCGCCUGAGACCUAUGACAGAUAAAGAUCGAGACCAGCUGAAUCAUCUGGCUGACUUGUAUUCUCUGACCAUCCGUAGCAGUGAUGACCAAACUGGUCCAAUACUCGCCAAGACCAGGUGUGUGGCUCAGCGUAGGAGUUCCACACGGUAAAUAUUAGGCCAUAGAUGCAUUAUGUUUCAUGUCUUUCAUAAGAUCAGUAGCAUAGUGUGUCAAGCAUUUAAUGUGGGUGUGCAGCAAUAAGAGACCACUUACAAAAGUGUUAGCAGAUGAGCAUUAAUAUUUAGAGGUUUUGUUGGAGAGUUCAAGGAAUAGAUCACUUGAACUGGUUAGAAAAGGAGUAGGAAUACAUAUAGAAAGACUAAUAGAGGACUGAUGUAAAAAUAAUGAGUGUGUACAAGAUUUUUUUAGGCCAGUGAGAGAGAUGAGACUGAAAUUGGAAGUUAGAGGAUAUGGAAAGAGUUCUUUUGAAUGUGUUAGGGAUGAGUACUGGCUCUUACUCCAAUCUCCACUUUCUACUAACUGAUGUGAAUUAUUUCUUAUUAAUUCUUAAUGACUUGUGUGUGGUUUCUGCCAAUGUAUACCUGGCUUCUUCCACUGCUUUAAUGCUGAAGUAAUGUUUCCAGAUGUCUCUGGGGCUCUUAGGUUGGGUGUGCAUUUAACAUCACCAUCCAGUGUUCAUCUGUCAGUGUAUAUGCCCUGGAGAUGCCAGUCCUCCUCCUCAAUACCUCCAUCUCUUUUACUUUUACCAUGCAACACUUAAUGAACUUUGCAGAUUCAGCACUUUCCAUUGAACAUAAUAAUUUGCUCUCAAGUAUUUUGCACCUCUUUUUCCAUUAAAGUUUUAUGUUCCUCCUGUGAUAAGAUCCAGCUUGUGCCAUCUUUUCUUGUAUCUUGAGCCUCACAUCUUUGACACCAGUCUGGAGGUAUAGCUUUAAACAUUCUCAAACUUUGCUUUGUGUUUUGGCUAGACAGGGGGGUUUAUGCUACAACUUUGUGCUGCAAUACUGGUCACAUAUGGUAAGGGAUUUGCAAGAGUAUGUUACAUUGCCAGUCUUGCAUAUGCCUCUGAUGUUACUGAGGUUAAUAUUUAAAGAAACAGGAUUAACAUGAUGUUCACAUUUAGAACUAUCUUCGACUGAUUCCAUAGUUGUCCCUCCUGGUAAUAUACUUUCCCUAGCACACAGUAUUACCAAUUUUAUUUCUUAGGUUAAACUUGAAAAAUCACUCUUAUGAUCAGUCAUGUAACACUGGAACAUGUUCAGAACUUGUUACAUAUUCCUUAUGACCUAUUGUGUGCCUGUCUUCAUAAAUUUGGCAUCAUCCAUCAUGAUAAAUAUGUAGGAAAUUACCCUCAUGGACAGGUCAUUAAACUAUACGUAUCUUGGACCUUGUAUUAGCCCUUGUGGACUCUUCUUGUUCUUCCCAUCCAGAUAUUUCACCCCUCACUGGGACAGUUGGCCUUCUCUCCUUCUUUUAUUCCUUCACCCUAUCCUCUUUCCUGCCUAGCCUCUCUCAUUCUGUUAUAAGUUAUUUUAUUAGGUUUUAGAAAAAUGAUUGUCCAUUCAAGAAAGUGUGCUGAUGGUUUGUGAGGAAUUGUUUUUUCUAUGUUUUCAAACAGUCCUUCUUCCUUAUCCUUUCUGAUGCUUUGCAUGGAAACGAUAAUAAUCUGUAGUUUAGGACUUCUUUUUGGCUUCCUUUUUUAAUGUUGGUAUUUCUGUUACCAUCUAACAAGCAUCUGGCAAUUUCUGUCUAGCAGUCCAAGUCUUGGUGAGCCACCUGCAUGCAGCUCCUCGUUCUCAAUAUCCAUAGCAGUAUUUUGCCCAGUCUCAUUGCCUUUCAUGUAUCAGGCUCCUUCAGGAGCCUUUUUUCUUCAUAACCUAUCAUUUCAUUUUUGAUAAUUCAGUAUAGUUUUUCUUCUUUCUACCUCUGGCACUGAGCCUUGACAGCUGUGAAGCUACCAUAACAUUAUCUGAUGAAUUUCUCACCUAUAUUUCUAGUGUUGGCCGUGAGUAAUCAAUCAUUCCUGAUCCUAUAUUGACAGAACCCAUCUCUUGCUUCCCAUUAAUAAAUUAAUUUGCCUUAAUUAUAAUUACAGUACAUAUUUUAUUUGUGUGUGUAAUAAAUCAGAAGCUGUUGGAUGUGAGCACUACACU